GUUUGAAUACAUAUAGCUCCUGAAGCUGGUCGGUCCUCAACGCAGCUGAAGGAAGAAGGGAGAAGAAAGUAGCAACGCCAGCAUAGGCGACGCUGGACUCUAGCUGUCGCCCAUCAUGGCGCAACAGCAGCAGCUGGCCCUAGAGGCUCUGGAUAAUAUUACAAGAGAUUUGAAGUCAAGAGCCGGCGACGACGUACGAAAGCGAGCUGCCAACCAGCUCCAUGAUCUGGUCAUUGUUUGCUAUAGAGAUUUACAACCAGAACAAUUCACUGUAUUCUAUAAUUCCGUCAAUAACAAAAUUACUACCUUGAUGCUCCAUGGCAACGACUCCUCCGAACGAUUAGGCGGUGUCUACGCCCUCGAAGCCCUCGUUAACUUUGAAGGUGUCGAUGUAACCGCCAAAUACACCCGAUUCACCGCGAACCUCAAGACCAUCUUACGGGGGAAAGAUAUUGUACCUAUGCAGCCUGCUGCUAUGGCUCUUGGCAAGCUCUGUCGUCCUGGUGGUUCGCUUAUAUCCGAGCUGGUCGAAUCUGAGGUCAAAACUGCUCUCGAAUGGCUUCAGUCGGAUAGGGUGGAGGAGAAGAGAUACAGUGCUGUGCUGGUCCUUCGCGAAUUAGCCCGGAAUGCGCCUACCUUGAUGUACGCGUAUGUUGGCCUGAUAUUCGAUCUAAUAUGGGUUGGCCUUCGCGAUCAACGCCAACUCAUUCGCGCAACAUCUGCAGAAACCGUCAGUGCUUGCUUUAAAAUUAUUCGUGAACGAGACCAGGAGAUGAAGCAGGCAUGGAUGACCAAGAUGUACAACGAAACUAUUGCCGGUCUUAAGAACAGUACCGUCGAGUAUGUCCAUGCGUCGUUGCUAGUGCUUAAGGAACUCCUUGGGCAAGGUGGCAUGUACAUGCAGGAGCACUAUCCGGAAGCCUGCGAGAUCGUUUUCCGUCACAAGGAUCAUCGCGACGCGACUAUUCGGAAGACCGUAGUCUCGUUAGUUCCCGACCUAGCCAAUUAUGCUCCAACCGAAUUUGCCCAAACUUACCUUCAUAAGUUCAUGGUGUAUCUUUCUGGGAUGCUCAAGAAGGACAAAGAACGAAAUGAUGCUUUCUUCGCCAUCGGAAACGUCGCUAAUGCGGUUAAGAGCGCCAUCGCGCCAUAUCUUGACGGCGUCCUCAUCUAUGUCCGCGAUGGCCUGAGCAUCCAGUCUCGGAAGAGAGGUUCCGUAGAUCCGGUCUUCGACUGUAUUAGUAGACUGGCUGUUGCGGUUGGCCAAACGCUUAGCAAGUACAUGGAGGCGCUCUUGGAUCCCAUCUUUGCUUGUGAGCUGACAUCGAAGCUCACUCAAGCUUUGGUUGACAUGGCUUUCUAUAUCCCGCCGGUAAAAGCAACCAUACAGGAAAGACUGCUUGAUAUGCUCAGUAGAGUCUUGUGUGGAGAACCUUUUAAACCUCUCGGGGCGCCUACCCCGAACACACUCUCGGCAGUUCCCAUUAUACCCAAGGACGCCAAAGACCCGCAAGCUUAUGAACAUCGAAAGGCUGAAGUGAAGCUCGCUUUAAACACGUUGGGAAGCUUCGAUUUUUCAGGCCAUAUCCUUAACGAGUUCGUUCGUGAUGUCGCCAUAAAAUACGUUGAAGAUGACGACCCUGAAAUUCGCAAAGCAGCCGCUCUCACAUGUUGUCAACUAUAUGUGCGGGACCCGAUCGUGAAUCAGACCAGCUAUCACGCAUUGCAGGUAGUCGGUGAUGUUAUUGAGAAAUUACUAACUGUAGGUGUAUCGGAUCCGGAUCCGGAUAUUCGGACAACAGUUCUAGCUGCCCUUGAUGAACGAUUCGAUCCACACCUCGCCAAGGCCGAGAACAUUCGCACACUCUUCUUCGCCCUCAAUGAUGAGGUAUUCGAGAUCAGGGAAGUAGCUAUAUCAAUCAUAGGACGGUUGGCGCAUUACAAUGCAGCUUAUGUGAUACCCUCGCUGCGAAAGACACUAAUACAGAUGCUCACCGAGCUUGAGUUCUCGGAAGCCGCACGGAAUAAAGAGGAGAGCGCGAAACUUCUCAGUCACUUGGUUCAGAAUGCUCAGGGCUUGAUCAAACCAUAUGUCGAGCCUAUGAUUUCAGUACUCCUUCCGAAGGCUAGCGACCCCAAUCAUGCCGUUGCAGCUACUAUCUUGAAGGCUAUUGGCGAGCUUGCAACGGUUGGAGGAGAGGACAUGCUCCCUUAUAAAGACAAACUCAUGCCCAUCAUUAUCGAGGCAUUGAAAGACCAUUCCUCAACUGCGAAACGCGAAGCGGCGCUGCACACGUUGGGUCAACUUGCGAGCAACUCUGGCUACGUGAUUGACCCCUAUCUCGAAUACCCCGAGUUACUUGACCUCCUUCAACACAUCAUUCGUGCGGAACCCCAACGUGGACCUCUACGUCAAGAGACAAUUAAACUCAUGGGAAUAUUGGGCGCUCUAGACCCCUACAGACAUCAGGUACACAUUUCCCAAGAUGACGACAUCUGGCAAAACCAUUCAAGGGGUGUAAAAUCUGCGGUUGGGAAUGGAAGUCCUCUCAACGCGAUUAAGAAAUCCGACGCACAGCCGCCACACCAGAGAAAAAGCGAAAGUUCCUUGAAUCUAGUGAUGAAGCCUUACAAAAAGUCCCGUGACAAGUCACAGAAAAAUUACAACAAUCAAGCACAAUCCUUAGAACAGAAUGCUAACACGAGGAACAAACAGCAAGUCGAGGAACGCGCCCCUGACGCCAAACGGCGUGUUGAGAGUAAUCGGAUGACCGAUAUAUCACUAAUGAUGACAGGAUUGACGCCCUCUAAUAAAGAGUACUAUCCCACAGUAGUGAUCAACGCUCUCCUCAAUAUCUUGAAGGACACGUCUCUCGUUUCGCACCAUGCUGCCGUGAUUGAGGCCAUCAUGAACAUAUUCCGCACGUUGGGGCUUGAAUGUGUAUCCUUUUUGGACCGUAUUAUCCCGGCGUUCUUGGAGGUGAUCAAAGACUGUCCCCAGACUCGGCGCGAAUCCUACUACAACCAACUUGCUACUCUGGUCAGCAUCGUGCGGCAGCAUAUCAGGAACUACCUUCCUGAAAUCAUCGAAUCGUUGCACUUACACUGGCAUGAAUCGCCAUCGCUUCAGGCUACGAUAUUGUCAUUAAUUGAAGCUAUUUCGCGAUCCUUGGAGGGGGAGUUCAAAAUCUAUCUAGCGAGCCUGCUGCCUGCGAUGCUUGGUGUUUUGGAAGAGGAUGCGACUACUAAGAGGAUCCCUUCUGAGAAAGUCCUGCAUGCCUUUUUAGUUUUUGGCUCCAGCAGUGAGGAGUAUAUGCAUCUCAUCAUUCCCGUAAUCGUGCGAACGUUUGAGAAACAGGGCCAGCCAGCAUUCUUAAGGAAAUCAGCUAUCGAGACUAUUGGCAAAAUCUCUCGGCAAGUUAAUCUUAAUGACUAUGCCGCCAAGAUCAUCCACCCGUUGAUUAGGAUUCUUGCCAGCGGAGAGUCAUCCUUACGACUGGCAGCAUUAGAUACCUUGUGUGCCCUGAUCCAGCAGCUCGGCAGGGACUACCUUCACUUCAUAGGGACGGUGAACAAAGUUAUGCAAGCCCACCAGAUUCAGCACCAAAACUACGAACUGCUAGUUAGCAAGUUGCAGAAAGGCGAGGCAUUGCCGCAAGACCUGAGCUCUGAGACUCGGUUCAUCGACCAGACUGACGAGCCAUCCUUUGCUGACCUCGGCAAUAAGAAGCUUGAGAUGAAUGCGAUACACCUAAAGGCCGCCUGGGACACCAAAGGCAAGUCGACUAAGGAGGACUGGCACGAGUGGCUCCGGCGCUUCAGUACCACUUUAUUAACCGAGUCACCAAAUCAUGCCCUGCGUGCCUGCGCUAUCCUUGGUAGCGUACACCUGGCACUUGCUCGUGAACUGUUCAACUCGGCCUUUGUGUCGUGCUGGAGUGAGCUUUACGAGCAGUUUCAAGAUGAGCUGAUCCAGAAUAUUGAAAAUGCAAUACGAUCUGAGAACGUGCCGCCAGAUUUGCUCGGACUCCUUCUGAAUCUGGCCGAAUUUAUGGAGCACGACGACAAGGCCUUGCCUAUUGACAUUAGAGUCCUCGGUAGAGAGGCCGGUCGUUGCCAUGCAUACGCGAAGGCCCUUCACUACAAGGAACUGGAGUUCCUUCAAGACCAAAGUGGGCCGGCGGUCGAAGCGCUCAUUGUCAUCAACAAUCAACUCCAGCAGUACGAUGCUGCUAUUGGCAUUCUCCGCAAGGCACAGCUAUAUAAGGACGGUAUCCAACUGCGAGAGACAUGGUUUGAGAAGUUGGAACGAUGGGAGGAAGCGCUGCAGUUUUAUGAUAAAAGGGAGUCUGAGAUUCCGCCUGAUCAAGUUGUUCCGAUCGAUAUCGUCAUGGGCAAGAUGCGCUGCCUCCACGCUCUUGGCGAAUGGGAUGCUCUAGCCAGCCUGACCAGCAAUACGUGGGCCAACUCGGCGCCUGAGAUUCAAAGGCGUAUUGCACCCCUUGCAACUGCGGCUGCCUGGGGUCUAGGCAAAUGGGACUCGAUGGACAAUUACUUGCAGUCCAUGAAGCGACAAUCUCCGGACCGAUCCUUCUUUGGGGCGAUAUUGGCGCUCCAUCGAAAUCAGUUUGGGGAAGCGGCCGCUUGUAUUCAACAGACACGGGAAGGCCUAGACACUGAGCUUAGCGCACUCAUAAGCGAGUCCUAUAACCGAGCGUAUCAGGUUAUUGUCCGGGUACAGAUGCUUGCAGAACUCGAAGAGAUCAUCGUUUACAAGCAGGCCAACGAUAGGAAGAAAGCCACGAUGCGCCGUACGUGGGAGGGCCGUCUCAAGGGAUGCCAAAGGAACGUCGAAGUCUGGCAACGUAUGCUAAGGCUUCGCGGCCUAGUAAUUACCCCAGCAGAGAAUAUGCAUAUGUGGAUCAAAUUUGCGAACCUGUGUCGAAAGUCAGGGAGGAUGGGCUUAGCUGAGCAGUCUCUCAAGCAACUGAUCGGCACUGAUCACCCUCUGGAUACAAUCAUCCCGUAUUGGUCUCAAAAUGGCCCAACUCAGCAAGCCGCAGCUACCAGAAUCCCGCCUCAAGUUGUCUAUGCUGUAUUGAAGUUCUACUGGGAAUACGGCCAGCAGGCAAAACUUCGUCAAACCGGUCAUCCUGAGAAAACGCUGUUUUGUCUCCGAAAAUUCACGGCAGACUCGGCCCAAAACCUAGAGCUGGCUCGAGCUUCAAUACAAGCUGCGCCUAAUGGGACAGAAUCGAUCACAGAAUAUGGCUUCCACAAUGGAGUGGAAACUAGUGGCCUGCCUAAUUCGAGGACACAGAAAAUCAUUCAAGACCAGACCGUUCUUCUCGCAAAAUGCUUCCUCAAGCAAGGAGAAUGGCAAGUCGCACUGAACAAGCAGGGCUGGCAGCACCACAACGUCCAAGAAAUUCUGACUUCUUACUCGAAAGCCACGCAAUACAACCCGAAAUGGUACAAGGCUUGGCACGCAUGGGCACUGGCAAACUUCGAAAUAGUCCAAGCUUUGACGCCUCCGGCCGAUAGGACCGUGCCGAGACCAGAUCCUUCCGUUGUUAUCAAUCAUGUUGUCCCCGCUGUCCAAGGCUUCUUCAAGUCCAUUGCCUUAUCUUCUGGAAGCUCUCUCCAAGACACCCUACGUCUACUCACUCUAUGGUUUGCCCAUGGCGGCAGUAGUGAAGUGAAUGCGGCCGUCACUCAAGGAUUCGGGACCGUCAGUGUCGAUACCUGGCUGGAGGUUAUUCCUCAACUCAUUGCGCGUAUCAACCAGCCUAAUACGCGUGUGCGGCAAUCGAUUCACAACCUACUCGCCGAUGUUGGGCGUAAUCAUCCCCAGGCUUUGGUUUAUCCGCUUACCGUGGCAAUGAAGUCGGCGCAGAGUUCUAGAAGGUCGAAAUCGGCGGCGUUGAUCAUGGACAGCAUGCGUGCGCACAGCGCUAAGCUCGUUGAGCAGGCCGACACAGUAAGUCAUGAGCUUAUUCGUGUAGCUGUACUCUGGCACGAACUUUGGCACGAAGGACUCGAGGAGGCUUCCAGACUGUACUUUGGAGAUCAUAACGUCGAGGGAAUGUUUGCCACACUUGGCCCGCUACACGAGCUUCUCGAGCGAGGCCCAGAGACAUUGCGGGAAAUAAGCUUUGCCCAGACUUUUGGUCGCGAUCUCACAGAAGCACGGGAAUGGUGCCGCCAAUAUGAAGGUAGUCACGAUGUCAAUGAUCUAAAUCAGGCAUGGGACCUUUACUACCAAGUUUUCCGCCGAAUAGGAAGACAGCUCCCGCAAAUGUCUUCGCUAGAGCUGGCGUAUUGUUCGCCCAAGUUGCUAGCAGCCAAGAACCUGGAUCUAGCCGUGCCUGGCACAUACAGGAGUGGUGCACCUAUUGUUCGAAUCUUGUCAUUUGAUACCACAUUUAGUGUUAUUAACUCGAAACAACGGCCAAGAAAGUUGAACACCAUCGGAAGUGACGGAAACUCAUAUUCCUUCCUCUUAAAAGGACACGAGGAUAUCCGACAAGAUGAGCGGGUUAUGCAGCUGUUCGGUUUAUGUAACACUCUCCUCGCGAACGACUCGGAGUGUUACAAACGUCAUCUUGGAAUUCAACGGUAUCCGGCUAUCCCUCUUAGCCAGAAUUCUGGUCUCCUUGGCUGGGUGCCGAAUAGCGAUACCUUGCACGUACUAAUACGUGAGUAUCGUGAGAGCCGCAAGAUUCUUCUGAACAUAGAGCAUCGCAUAAUGCUGCAGAUGGCUCCAGAUUAUGACAAUCUUACUCUCAUGCAAAAGGUCGAAGUGUUUGGUUAUGCGCUAGAUAACACAACUGGACAGGAUCUGUACCGUGUUCUUUGGUUGAAGAGCAAGAGUUCCGAAGCCUGGCUGGAAAGACGCACCAACUACACGCGCAGUCUGGGUGUCAUGAGCAUGGUUGGAUACAUCCUUGGCCUUGGAGAUAGGCACCCUAGCAAUUUAAUGCUGGACCGUAUCACAGGGAAGAUUAUCCAUAUCGAUUUUGGCGAUUGUUUCGAAGUUGCCAUGAAGCGAGAUAAAUACCCUGAACGAGUCCCAUUCCGCCUCACUAGAAUGCUUACAUACGCCAUGGAGGUUAGCAACAUCGAAGGUAGCUUCCGGAUCACAUGUGAGCACGUCAUGCGCGUGCUUCGGGAGAACAAAGAAAGUGUCAUGGCAGUUCUAGAAGCUUUUAUCCAUGACCCUCUACUAACUUGGCGUCUCACCAACGCUGCCUCCCCUGUUGGUCCCAACUUCCGUUCCGAGCGUGAAUCGUCUCUGGGCGCUGGUGCUCAACGAGCCCGCCGACCAAGUAUCUUGGAUGCGGAACACCCACCCUCGGAGUUCCUUGCGGCCCAACAAGCUACAGGAGCAGGACCCGUUGAUGCGGCACACCCCGGCGGCCCACCCGGCUCGAGAGCUCGAGCACGGACCAACUCAAGCCUUAUUAACGCAAGCCAGAUGGACGGCGAAAUGGCCGAGAUUCAGAACGCACGAGCGGUGGAAGUACUGGACCGCGUGAACCAGAAGCUGACGGGACGCGACUUCAAGCCGACGGAAGAACUUGACAUUGUGACACAGGUCAACAAGUUAAUCAUGGAGGCUACAAAGCUAGAGAACCUGUGUCAGCACUACAUCGGCUGGUGUUCGUUCUGGUAAGAAGAAUAAAUGGCGAGGCUGUAAAUUUACAAGGAUG